CCUCUCUUCUCUCUUCUUCCUCCGCUUUCUUCUCUUCUCUCGUUUUUCUUACUCCUCUGCCUCCCUUGCAUAUAUCUCUCUAUUCAACGUUUUCUUUACAUCGAGUCGGAGUAACAAAAUACCUGUAAAAAAAGGGGAAUUGCGAGUAAAUCCCUGACCUUGUCGAUCAUGAGCCUUGUGGACUUGAACACACACAGCACAUUCGAGGAGCAUCAAAAUCGCAGUGUUCAACCUACCCUUGACACAACCAUGCUUCUCUGCAAGUCUUCCUACCCUACUGAUACCAACACCAACAUCACCGCAGGCAAUGACUCACCUGCGGCAGCAACAACAACAGCAACAACAACAGCAACAACAAUAACUAUGCCUGCGGUAGCUGUACCCUCUACAAAGUCCCUCCAUUUCAAUCCCUCGGGACAACCAUGCAACUAUACGCACAUUGCUUCCCAAAAAGAUAUCCUGAACCCCCUUGCAUCCCUAUCAUCUCUCUCUCAUUCUCCCGCAACUAGCCUUCCCCCUGUCUACUCUUUUUACAUUGACAACAACAACAACAACAACAACAACAGUAUGAACAAGAAUAUGAGCGAGAGCAACAACAGCGACAAUUGGAGUUAUGCGAGAGCAAAUAGUAACGGAAAGGACGCUAAUUGUAAUGGAAAGGACACUAAAACAUCUCGGACACGGACAGUUUCAAUUUGCAUUCCACUAUCAGUACCAAGAAUAACAACAAAAACAGUAAAAACAGAGGGCUCAAAAAGUCACCAUCUCCCGCCACUUAAUCUCUCUCUUACUCUUGAUAAAUUAAAAGAAUUAAAAGAAUUAAGAGGAAGAAGAAGAUCAGUUCACGUUAAUAGCAAGCUCUCAUGGCCAAUUUCGGAUAGAGAUAAUAAUAAGCAUGAAGCUAUCUUGUCUUUGCCUCGUAGAAGACGACACUCUUCUUACCAUCAUCACAACCAUUGUCUUCAAGCCGACAGUUACCCUCGAAAUCUGGCCCAAGUUCAAGAAGAACAGGAAUCCCCUUCAACUGCAGUGGAAGAUCCCAGUAAAGAAAGCCUCUCUACUCAAUUCUUUUACAACGGCGAGAGCAACAGCAACAAUAGUAGCAAUAACAAUAAUAUGAACUAUCGAGAUUCAAUCAACUCUAUGUCAACUUGUGUCAAUUCGCCAACAAGAACAUCAUUAUUGCCUUUGACAGCUGAGUUGUACUCGAAGUGCCAAGGAUUAGCAUCUCUGAAGGGCACCAGCAUUAUCAACAAAAACAACACCUGCUUCUUACCGCACGGAGAACAAGAAGGGGAUAUAGGAGGAGCUGAAGAAGAGACUAUGAGUGAUUUUGAUGAGGAUCUGGACCUGUAUUUGUACGGAGACCAAUAUGAUGACGAUGAUGAGCAAUCCAUUAGUCAAGAUGAACAGAGUAACUUCUUCACUUUUUCUGAGACAGCGAUGGUUGCGUCAACGGAUGAGGAUGGUCAGGAUCUGGAGUCUAUUAUGGAGGAUGAAAUUGAAGUAAUGCCUUGGGUUCAAGAAGCCAUCCAAACAGUUAGUGCGCUCGAAGCUAGGCUGAUUGAACUGGAAGAAGACUGUCAAUCAAUCCCGCUGUACGAGCAAGAUAGGAUCCAGAUGAUCCGUGUCAUUCAGGAUCUAGAUGCAACCGUUCAGAAGGACCGAGCCUGGAUUGAUAAUGCCGAGACCGCUAUCCGGUGGACAUCAUUUGCUCUUGAGGAAGCUCUACUGGCUUCGUCUACUCGUCGACCAUCCCAUAGCGACAAUAUGUACAAACAACCCUCUGUUGCUAUGUCGCCACAUUUCGAUCAUGACAGCGAGUUGUCACCAGUUCAGGCCUAUAGGCAAGCAUCAGGAAGGUUCACAGUUGACAAUGAGGGCCCACAACUAAUACAGCGUCGGUAUCAACACACUAUGGAGACUGGAAGCCGCAGCCAGCGUCAAGAUGCAUUAGAGAUAGUAUACAGGAAUGCUAUGCUGACAGCAUUGAGACACCUGAAAACCGUUGAGAAUUCACAGGAGCCUGGUAGAGAAGCAACAGAUAUGGAAGUGGAUCGAAGAGUAGCUCAGGAGCUGGAUGCUCCAAAUGCAGCGCUACAGGAGUGGUUAGAUAAUACGAGCUUGGUGAGUCCAAUUAGCCAAAGGAUCCAGAGGCAGGAUGACGAGCCAAAUAUGGCCCUGUCAAAAGCUGAAGAGAAUAGCAGGGAUACUCUGAGUAACAAUGGCGAUGGCGACGAUGAAGCACGGUGUCCAACUAUUUAUUCCGAUACUACGAGAGUGGAGGAUAAACAGGACUCUAGCCUGACCGUUCCAAACAUGCAGCCCGCAACAGAAUUUAUGACGGGAUCAAAUCCCUUGAGUCACCCGAAAUCUCAUCUUGCUUUCACUACCACUGCCACGGACAAGGUACACGAUCACUCAAUUUCUGUAGCCUCAUUCCAAGCGACGCUAUCGGGGACCCCUCAACCGCUGGAGGCAGAUGUCGCCGGUGGCUUCAUGGAUGAAUGUGUGUUUCUGAAGCAGCAUAUCCAAGCAUUGGACCGUCUUCGCCUUCAGGAACUAACCCGCCACCAAAGAGCAGAGCAAGUUCAUCAGCAGUUAAUUGCAGACCUGACUCGCUUCUCAAACGAGCUACUUCUGAGUGUGAGCGACCUUACUUGUGCACAGGCAGCGUUAGAUGAGGCGAGUGAAAUAGCCAUGAUCACUUUAAAGUCCAUGGAAAGCACAAGUGCGUCAGAGCAGCAAGGAUCCGGUAAUGACUGUUCAUUGCCAUCAAAUGCAAGUAAGAGGAAGCGAUUGAUUGCAACAUCAUGCAAGGGACUUUCAGAAAGUAUGGGCAUGGUUGCACAAGGGAUCAAGCGGAUGAGGACUCUGGCUGCUGACUGUGUCGGGAUCAUGGAGCUUGCUCAGGUCCAAAGUGCCACUGCUCAGCCAGCCUCAAUAAGCAACAAUGAAGAGACCCGGUUGAGCAAGGAAGGAGAUGGAGAAGAAGAUAAACCAGAGGUGGCUACUGGAGCUGCAACAACAACAGUGCCUCCUACAGAUUCUGCCACUGCAACGGAAACAGCAAUGCAGGCAGCAUUGCCGCCAUCGCUAUCUCCUCUUGUUAUCAGGCCCAACCUAUUGAAGACUGAGGCUUCCAUAUCCUCAAUGUCUCCUCAGACAAAAACGCCUCCAACACCGACAGCAAUGGCGUUGUCACUCCCGGUAACAGCUAUUGAACAAAGACCACCCUCGGUUUUUGUAGACAAUGUGGCAUUCCAAGAAUUCGAGAGUCACUUGGCUCUGUUUCGGGUAAACUCAGAAUCUAUACCCAAAAGGAUAAGCUUUGGGCUUGGCUUCGGUCGCAGGAAGAGCACUCAAAAACCUCUAUCAUCCCACGACGUAACUGGAAAUCCUAUUACUAAUACUAAUCCCAGCGGGAUGCAGUCCGUAACAGGAGCUGUCCCGCACCAGCAACAGCAGUUUUCACAUAAUAUGCAAAGCUCACCAUUUAUGAAGCGCGUCCUUGAGGAAGAUAUAUACCCUUGCUUACUCGUCCAUCCUCGCCCAGCAACAAUUGCAAAACAAGGCAGUUGGAUCAAUUCAUGGUUACAGUCAGGCACACCGUCCCCUUCUUCUUCUGUACCUGCACAUUCCUUGCUUUCGCCGAAGUCUUAUGAAACCAACUCACAGACAUCCUGGUUCCAACAAUUGCUCACAGCUAUGGAGCGGAAUGAAUGUGAAAUCGAGUUUUGGAAAAAAAAUACUCAUCGCCGUACAUCCAUACAAGAGGUGCCGCCGCAGCAGCAAGAUCAAGACCAUGACAGCACUACUCCGCCAAAUGUCCCGUGCUGCCUAUGUGGUAUCAAGCGUUCGUGUGAAUUCCGACUGCGGAUUGUGAAUCCUCAAGGAGACUUCAGCGCCGGAUCUAGUACAGAACCUCCUCAUCUCUCUUGCCCCUCUGUUUCUUCUACUCUCUCGUCUCCUCCAUGUUAUUCACUGGACCGGUUCUGCCGUGACAGGAUUGUAGCCGUCUGCGACUUUUAUAUGUUCAUGACUCAUCUUCGACAGGGUUUGCUAGAUCAUCAAUCGAAUUUGGAGUUGUUUAGGAGAGUACUUUGUUUACGACAGCGCAUGGGAUGUGCUCGUAUCGGAUUCAUGGAUAUUGUACAUACCCCCAAUGCUGCUCAAUUACCACCGAUUGUUGUACAUUCACGCUAGAGUAAUAAAUUUUUGGAUGAAAG